AAGGUCCCCAUCACAAUAAUUUCCGGCUACUUGGGUAGUGGAAAAUCCACCUUACUCGAUCAUAUUGCUUUGCGCAACAGCAACACCGGGAAGAAGUUUGCCAUUAUCGUAAACGAGUUUGGCAACUCCUCAUUAAUCGAAAAAUCCAAAUCCUUCAAAAUCACCGCGGGCACCGAAUCCUAUGACGAAUGGCUCGACCUCGGCAACGGGUGCUUGUGCUGUUCGGUGAAGGAUACGGGGGUGGCGGCCAUCGAGAACCUCUUGAGCCAGGAAAAAAAGUUUGACUACGUUUUAUUGGAGACCAGCGGCGUGGCGGACCCCGGACCCAUCGCCAAUAUGUUCUGGCUUGACGAUGGGCUCAAGUCGAAUGUUUAUAUAGAUGGUGUGGUGGUGGUGGUUGAUGCCAAGAAUAUUCUUGAUUGCUUGAGUGAUACCGACGGGCAGUGGCACAGGUCUAAUAAACAUAUAGGGGAAGAAGCAGAACCGGUUGAUGACGAUGGUGUUUCCAUGGCUCAUGUCCAGAUUUCCUUUGCGGAUGUUAUCUUGUUGAACAAGAUUGACUUAUUGGAGACUGAGCCAGACUACGACAUCAAGUUAGAAACGAUUAAAACCCACCUCCGCAAGCUCAACGGGUUAGCACAGAUCCAUGAAACCCGCUUCGGUGAGCUAGACAACUUGGACAAGAUUUUGAACUUGAACGCCUUCACCCAGGCGAAGCUUCCAAAGGAGAUUGCUCGCACCCAUCACGAUGAACGCAUCGCCACUAUCAGCUUCCAGUUUAACAGGAUCCCGGCAGCCAAGGUGCCACAGAUUGAGGCCUGUCUCCAGCACUUGCUCUGGGAGCAUCCAGACUUGGAUGGCUCCGGCAAAGAGUGGGAAAUCUACCGUACCAAGGGGUUGGUGAUCGUGGAGGGAGAAGAGGAUACGUGGAAGAUCAUCCAGGGGGUUAGGGGGACAUAUGAUAUAAUGGAGGGGGCUAAUUUGGAGGCGGAAUCCGACGGAAAGAGUGUCGUGGUGUUUAUUGGAAAGCAUUUGAGU